UCAGUGACUGGGAGCCCGGAAAAGAAUGGUUAGAGGUGGCUGGCGCUGCCAGAAAGCGAGUGGCGCGGCGCAGCGGCAGAGGUUUUGGUAUGAACAGGAUUCGGAUUCACGUCUUGCCGACCAAUCGGGGGAGGAUCACCCCAGUGCCCAGAUCUCAGGAGCCCCUGUCUUGUUCGUUUACUCAUCGUCCAUGUUCGCAGCCUCGUCUGGAGGGGCAAGAAUUUUGCAUUAAGCAUAUCCUUGAAGACAAGAAUGCGCCUUUCAAGCAGUGUAGCUAUGUAUCGACGAAGAACGGAAAAAGAUGUCCCAGUGCUGCCCCAAAGCCUGAGAAGAAAGAUGGGGCAUCCUUCUGUGCUGAACAUGCUCGUAGGAAUGCCCUGGCACUUCAUGCGCAAAUGAAAAAGACCAAUCCAGGGCCUGUGGGUGAAACACUCUUGUGCCAGCUGAGCUCAUACGCUAAGACAGAGCUGGGAUCUCAGACUCCAGAAAGUAGCCGCAGUGAAGCCAGCCGAAUUCUGGAUGAAGACAGCUGGAGUGAUGGGGAGCAGGAACCCAUUACUGUGGAUCAGACAUGGAGAGGUGACCCUGACAGUGAAGCUGAUAGCAUAGACAGUGAUCAAGAAGAUCCCCUAAAACAUGCUGGUGUCUACACAGCAGAAGAAGUGGCCCUGAUUAUGCGUGAGAAGCUUAUUCGUUUGCAAUCUUUGUACAUUGAUCAGUUUAAACGACUUCAGCAUCUGCUCAAAGAGAAGAAGCGACGUUACUUACACAAUCGCAAAGUGGAACAUGAAGCUCUAGGCAAUAGUCUCCUGACUGGCCCAGAGGGACUUCUGGCCAAAGAACGAGAAAACUUAAAGCGUCUAAAAUGUCUUCGGCGGUAUCGUCAGCGCUAUGGAGUGGAAGCCUUACUACACAGGCAGCUGAAGGAGCGCAGAAUGCUGGCCACAGAUGGUGCCGCCCAACAGGCCCAUACUACUCGUUCCAGUCAGAGGUGCUUGGCCUUUGUGGAUGAUGUUCGUUGUUCCAAUCAGUCUCUUCCAAUGACCAGACACUGCCUUACCCAUAUUUGUCAGGACACGAAUCAGGUUCUCUUCAAAUGCUGCCAGGGAUCUGAAGAGGUACCCUGCAACAAACCAGUUCCUGUAAGCCUUUCUGAGGAUCCUUGCUGCCCACUGCAUUUCCAGUUGCCUCCUCAGAUGUAUAAGCCCGAGCAGGAUUUGGAUGUUGUGGGUGACGGUAUGCAGUGCCCUCCUUCACCCUUGCUUUUUGAUCCUUCACUAACCCUUGAAGAUCAUCCAGUCAAAGAAAUUGCUGAAGGCCCAGUGGAUAUUUUGGCAAGUGAAGAAUAACUUCAGCCAGGCAGAGAGCUCCACGCUGGCUGUGGUUGGCAUGUGCUCCCCGGGGGUUGAGGUUGUCAUCACUAGCUGGAAGGGUGCCCCUGGUUGCAGUUUUCCAGAUGGGCCUUAGAACACUUACUAGCCCCUGGUCCCCAUAUCUGGGAGAGCAGGACAUAAAUUUAUUUGGUUAACUAGGAAAGGUUGAGGCAAGGAAUGUAGGUAAAUUGUUGAUACAAGGGAGAGUUCAGUAUUGGAAUUGUUUUCAUCAUAAAGUUAAGCACAAGCAGUGUGAUUUGGUUUCUUUGAGCUUUGGGUGGGACACUCAUGGCCCUGACUGAAGACCUGCAGUUACACUAUAGCUGUUGGUUUCAAACAGAGGCCCAGAGCACUGUCUUCCUGUGUGAUCUGUUGGUUGUUCUGGAACCUCAGCAGGGAAUGGCUAUUUCAUUUGGAAGAAACAACCCACAGCUUUCCUUUGCAUUGAAAAAGCCUCGGGAAUGCUACCAGUAAUGAUUUGUGACUCCAGGAGUCAGGAAUAGUCAAGUAUGGGGAAGAGCAAUUACAUAGAGUUAUAAAUAUCUGCUGUCUUGUUCUGGCUACUUACUAUACAUGGGCUUUAUAUAAGUCAGAUUCAUGUUGCAGGCCACAAUGAAUGAGUUUGUAACCAAACUGACUUUGUUUUAACAGGGCCAGAUGCAGAUGGCUGGAGAUGGGUGCAGAUCACAGGGACCUCGAAAUUCUGAGAAAGCCCUUGCACCAUUGCCUCAGAGUGGAGUGGCUACUGCAAAUGGGAAGCCGGAACCCCCUUCUGUUAGUUGAUGGCUUGUUCU